AUGCGGUUCAAUCCUUCCCAUCUGGCUGCAAUCGCAGUUAGCCUUAUUACAUUGAUGGCUCCUGUCAUGGGUUUUUGGAGACUUCCUUGCCGUGGAGUUCUAACCGUGGCGAGAAUCGAUCCUAUCGUGGAUCCUGGAAUCCCGUCAAUGCAUGCCCACUCUAUUCAUGGCCCCAACAAUUUUGCAAUGGAAGUCACUAGCGAUGACUUGCUAGCCUCUGAAUGUACCUCCUGUGAAGUCGUCCAGGACAAAUCGGCCUAUUGGACUCCAAGCUUAUAUUUCAUCAAUCCUUCUGGAGAAGCUGAAUUGGUGAAGCAGGUUGGAGGAAUGCUAGUCUACUACCUUCCUCGCGGCGACAAUGUCCAAGCGUUUCCCAGAGGUUUUCGCAUGUUGGCUGGUGAUACGUACCAGCGCAAUUUUACUCUGCCUACCCCAGAUCCACCAAAGGCUGUUUGGGCGGAAAAAGACAAAACGCAGUUUUCUCUGGGUCAAAAGGCCAUCGGUUUCAAUUGCCUGAACUACGACAAUCCUCCUGAACCGUCAUUGAUGCGACACAAUUUCCCUGAUCGAGCCUUUAUCGACUCCAAGUGCAAAGAUGGGAUUCGUAUGGAGUUAGUUUUCCCGUCCUGCUGGAAUGGCAAGGACAUCGACUCUCCUGAUCAUAUGUCUCACGUUGCCUAUCCGGAUUUGGUUGACGUCGGUUCUUGCCCAAAUGGGUUUGAGAAGCGUCUUGUCACUCUCAUGUAUGAGACCAUCUGGGAUACCAUGGCAUUUAAAGGCCAAGCAGGUGAAUUUGUGCUUUCGAAUGGCGACCCCACAGGAUACGGAUACCACGGUGAUUUCAUUGAAGCCUGGGAAAAUGAUGUGCUUCAGCGAGCCAUCGACACCUGUACAAAUCUUUCGGGCAGAGUUGAGGACUGUCCUCUGUUUCAACUUCAGUCUGAGGAUGAUCAACGGAAGUGCACAAUUGAAAACCCCAAAGCUUUAGGGGGUGAACGUUAUGACUUUAACCCUGAAGGAUUGCCUGGUAAGGUCCCUAUCAUCAGAGGACCAGGUUAUGCAUUGCGUCCGAUUUCUUCUCCUUCAGCUCCCGAAACAAUGCCCAAACCAGUUGUCCCAGAUCCUAAGGUCAAACUUCCCCAGGAUGACCAGCCAGUUGUGCCACGUCCAGAGACAACAACAGCCCCUCCACCUCCCACGACACCAGCCCCUAAAACUCCAGGUAUGGUGUCCGAAAAACCCAAGCUGGAGCAGCCCUACACUACAUCCUAUUCUACAAAGGGCUCAACAAUCUAUGAGAUUGUUAUUAUUCGGACAACAGUCACAAAAACAGUUGACUUACCAAGUCCAACUGCACAGGCAAAGCGUCACGAAAACAGAAGUGGUGUGAAGGGAAGGUUCCGUCGUCAUGGACAUGCCUUGAAUCACUAG